UUCCUAUAAUCCCGGAGUUUUUGUAUGACAUCAAUCACCCCGACGCACCCCUUGAUGGACGACCAAGGAUAACAACAACAACAACCACCACAACAACAACUCCCGUUCCUUGUCCUUGCCAACAGUUCAAUCAAAACAUCGACAACUACUCAACCACUGCAUUGAAUGAUGCGGAAUAUGAUAAUUACACAACUCUAGAUCCAGAAGCUGCGGUGGACGAAUUACGUCACAAAGAUUUAGUGCAGGAAACUGUGGAGGUGGGGAUAAUGUUCGCCUCGAAGGCUUUUGUGCAGUUACUGGCAAAUCCAUUCGUUGGUCCACUGACUCACAAAAUUGGCUACAGUGUACCCAUGUUUGCAGGGUUCCUCAUCAUGUUUUUAUCAACUAUAAUUUUCGCAUUUGGUCGUAGCUACAGUGUCCUGUUCAUAGCGAGAUCCCUACAAGGAAUAGGCUCAUCGUGUUCCAGCGUAUCUGGAAUGGGUAUGCUAGCAGAGAGGUAUCCAGACGACAAGGAACGAGGAAACGCCAUGGGCAUAGCUCUAGGGGGGCUGGCACUAGGGGUGUUGAUCGGGCCGCCCUUCGGAGGGGUGAUGUAUGAAUUUGUGGGGAAAUCUGCACCUUUCCUGGUACUGUCAGCACUAGCCCUGGGUGAUGGAUUGUUACAGUUGCUGAUGUUACAACCAGCAGUUAUCAGACAAGAGUCUGAUCCACCUUCUUUGAAGCAGUUGGCGACUGAUCCAUAUAUUAUCAUUGCUGCUGGUGCCAUAACAUUCGCCAACAUGGGCAUAGCCAUGUUAGAACCUUCUCUCCCCAUUUGGAUGAUGGAUACGAUGGGGGCUGGAAGGUGGAAGCAGGGCGUCACUUUCCUCCCGGCUAGCAUAUCUUACUUGAUUGGCACGAACUUAUUUGGGCCGCUCGGGCACAAGAUGGGUCGAUGGUUAGCCGCUUUAUUGGGGCUGAUCGUCAUUGGUAUUUGCUUGAUGCUGAUACCUUUGGCAACAAACAUCAACCACUUGAUCAUUCCCAACGCCGGUUUGGGAUUCGCCAUCGGCAUGGUCGACAGUUCCAUGAUGCCAGAACUGGGCUACCUGGUGGACAUAAGGCACACCGCCGUCUAUGGCAGUGUCUACGCCAUCGGCGACGUUGCUUUCUGUCUCGGUUUCGCUAUCGGGCCAGCUAUGAGUGGAACACUAGUAAAAACUAUUGGCUUCGAAUGGAUGCUAUUUGGAAUAGCAAUUUUGAAUUUUAUGUAUGCCCCGUUACUGUAUUGUUUGAAAAGCCCCCCCACUAAAGAAGAAAAGAGGUCAUUACUAAAUGAAGAAAAAUCAUCAGUGAGAUACGUAACAUACCAGAAUGAAGAAGACGACGAGUAAAACAGCGGAAAAUUACGUGAAAAGACUAUUAAAUUCGCUGAAGUUUUCCAGGAAUCCGGUCGUGAAAAACGUUACAAGUGUCGUCUUUAAGAAUGUCGACAGUUUCUUCUGAGGAGGACCAAACUAUGACUAGAUUACUCGUAGUUCAUAAUUUUAUUUCAUCUUCCCCAACAAAACUAGAUUGUGACACGAGAUAGGAGAGCUAAGAUUUUUUUUCCAAAUUCCCCUCCCCCCGAGGGUCCCCGUCUGGGUUACCGUGAAUGGCUGCACGUACCCCUUAUCUACAGAGCGAUGCGGGGCAAUAAGAAACCCUCGAACCUUUAGGCCAAAAAUAAAGACAACAACGAUGAUUCAAUGAAGUACUCUCCUAUCUAAGCCCGUCAAAUGAUUGCCACACGAGGUAUUAUAAAUGUUUAUCAAUGUCUAUUAUAAGUAGAAAUAUAAGUGAUGUAAAACGGUAGAAAAACUAUCAUUCUUUGAGAAUUGCUGAGCCAAUCAAAAACCAUCAUUUCGGCUAUCCUGACGAUUACGGUACGUUUUGAGAGAUGGAGGCACGGGUUUCCUUGUGAUGAUCGCCAAAAAUAUUGAGCCGGACGAACAUUUGUGAAGUGUAACUUACUACGUAACUGUUCAUUUUCUUUCCACCCCGUAUAUCGUAGGUACAAUCCUUCGCAAGUAUGACUUCUGUAGCUUAUAAUCAACAAUGUUCUUUUUUAAAGCGAUAUAAUUGUUAGUAUCGUAAAUUCCUGAAGAAGUAAAUUUCUAUGCCUGCUGAAAACACCUUCUUCGUCUUCUUCUUCGACUAGAUUACUGGUUCCAGCUUUCUCUACAGCUCUAUAUUGACCAGCACUCUUUCUACGACGUAAUAACGUAUUGCUGCUUUUCGCGAUACAUUGUCCUUGUAAACUUAUUGCGAAUCGAUCAACCAAGUUGGUGUAAUCCUACUCGCACAUGGAUAUACGAUCCACUCCGGCCUUAAACCGGCGUGACUGAGGAUGCUAUUUCUAUUAAAACACUUAAACAACAACUGUUCACAACUCUCAUCAACACAUGUAUUCAAUGGUAUGCUUCACCUUCAAACACAACAAAUCACUACACAAAUUGGGUUCCAUCUCCAACAAUGGUGUCCAUAUACCUGUUUUGUGGACGGUCGUUUGCACUACGUUCAUCCACCACCAUGUUAGAAACAAAACUGGCUUGAAACAACUCAUUCCAUACUUCAGCAGAAACUUCAGCAAAAAUAAUACCCCCUUUGGAGGGUGUUCAAAAAUGUUGGAAUCAAACAAGAAAAGUUUCGAUUUCAACGGUUUUUUUCAGCCAGGAGAGUACCUGACAAGUUUUCUUCAACAUUUCCUCUAAGAUAAUUUGGUAUGAUAUGAUUGCUCCACCUUUUGAAACUUUUGUUUAUCCAAAUUGAAGUGAGAUUGUUCUGAUUUUACAAAUAAUCAAUUUGAGUAUUUUGUUUCUUUCAAAAAGACGUGUAGUAAAAUAAUCAUUGAAAAAUCUGUUGAAUAACCAUGAAUUCAAAAUUACAAUUUCAAUUUAGGGUACAAGAAACAAAUCUUCAGGAAAUUUCAGAUAAAAUUUCAUACUUAAUUUCUUCUGUGUAGACUUGGAAAAUUUCAUGUACGUUCUUCAUUACUUCGAUUAAAUAAUUUUUGAUAAUUCAUGUCUGAAUUCCGUGUUAAUUUUCUCUUUCAUGUCUAUGGCAUUGCUACUGUCUUUGCAAAAAGUCUAUUAUUCUUGAAUAAUAAAUCUUGAAAUGAACAAUUACUUCACGAAUGAAUGGAUAGUAAUAGCCACGAGGUUCGGUAAAAGUUUGACGAAAGAGGUAGAAUUAAUAGGACUGAAUUUAGAGUUCUGAGGUUAGUACAGGUCUGACAAAAAUGACUCGUAAUAGAAUUGUAAUGUGAGAAAUGUUGCUUCAAAAUAUACGAAUAUUUGAAGAGACCUAGAAUGACUAAAUUAAUGAUUGGCGGAUAAUUCUCCAAAGUUCAAUAUGAAAGAUCUAGUGGCGUCAGAAACUCCCACCAAUAUUUUAACGAUUCAUCAUACCGAUAAACUGUGAACCUCCAUUUCUAGAAACACUCCGUAUACGAAAAGCGGUACGGGGACCUCAAUGUCGCUUCGUAUUAUCCCUUCAAUCCUUUGCUGAUCGUUGUGUUCAAAUAUGACGAUUUUCAAACAUCGUCUUCUCAAAAAUAUUAAGAAUCUGAAGUUUCGCACAAACUCAGAAAGAUUAUUGCUAGGAGACAAUAAUCUGAGUCCUAACCUGACCAACAAAAACGUAUACAUAUUUUUCGUUUAAAAAGCUGGUGAGGGUCCGAAUCACAAAAAAAACAAUUGCUGAUAGCACGUUGCUACAUCGGUUUUUUUUGUAAACUAUAGGGCCAAGUUAAUGGGUACCUGGUUUAGUUGUAGGGUUAUACAUUGCAUGUUGAUAAUGUUAUUAUAGAGAUCUGUUGAUAUAUAGGCGCUAAAGAUGUAAGUGGUGUUAAAUGUUUGAUGUUUAUGUCCAAUAUGUGGUGCAAUAACUAAUAAAACGUUCAUAAAAACUCCAAAA